UUUCAAUUUUUGUGACAAUUUAUGGCGAUGAUCGAUCUAUAUUUUGCGUAAUGUGAAAGUACCAGAAAAUGUAAUGAAGCGCGGGGUGCUGGCCACAGUAUGGCUGUUGGUUUCGGGACGGCAGGGCCCAGCACUGGAGCCUUUCCCCAGCCUGCCGGCGCACGCACUUGCUGACUGCGGCAGCAUACAGAACGCCGUUGACUUCCACCUGGACUAUAUUGGUAAUCUCUGGAUACUGGACAGUGGUAUAGUGGACACGCUCGAAGCGCCACGCUGCACGUGCAAGCCCAAAGUGGUCGUGAUAAGCACGCUGCUCCGCACGGUGACCAAACUCCUCGACCUGACGACCGCGGAACCCUCCUCGCUGCUUCAGAACCUGGCCGUCGAUUAUGGGCUGGCCGGGAAACCUUUUGUAUACAUUUCUGACGCAUCUCGAGGAGCGAUUCUCGUUCGCGACGCCACAUCAAACACCGAGUGGACAGUCUUGUUCAGCCCCCCGGGCACCGGCCUACAGAUCACGCUCGGGAAGCGAGGUCCCGCGCACAAUGUGCUCAUGGCAGUCAGGGCUCACCAGCCGGGGUUGAUAGAAAUAGAAUGUGCGGCUUUACGGAGACGGAACUCGGCUUUACCACUUCGAGCAUUUGGCGAGCACACUCGACCAGUUUUCAUCCUCGGUUCCGACUCGCACCACAUUUACCUUCGCCACGCCGACGGCGCCGACGUUCUCUCCUGGGACCUCCGUGAGGGCUACAACAUGACCCAACUCAUCAGCAUCCACUCCCCAGGACCUAGGCUCAUUCCUACCUCAGUCUUCGCGGACCCUUUGAAACACUCGCUUCUUAUAUUAGACUCGAACUAUGGCGAUGUGAUUAAUAGUAAUACGCCGGCUUAUCAGAGGAUUUCUUUCGUAGGACAGUUGUAACUAAUAUCGCUUGUAACAUUGAUCAUAAGUACAAUUAUCCUAUGUUUUUUUUUAAUUAACACAUCCCUUCUUAUAUCUUGUUAAUUCUAUGGGGGUUCUACAAAUCCUUACUCAGCAGCAUUCAUUUCCGAGGCACAAGCUUAUUUAUUACCUACCUCGGUUUUUGACCUUCGCUCCUACCGCUUUGAAACUCGCUCCUAGCUACUAGACUCUAACUACACCGCUGUACCGAUGUUAUCUUGUGUGGGUCAAUUGUGAUGUUACUUAUACCACUGAGUGUGAAUAAAUGAGAUAA